AUGAGUUCUAAGAGCAGUGUGGGAAGCAUCAGUAGCAUUCAGAGGGACCAGGAGUACCUGCACUCGCACAAUGUACGAGGAAUGCUUGAACUUCUCAUUGCCGAUGUGAUUUUAGAGCGGCCAGAGAACGCAUGCGAGUAUUUCGCCUUGUGGGCCUCCCGGAAACAGAGGGAGAGAAAUGCUGAGAACACUUCAGGAGGCCAAGCGCCCACUUCGGCCGCUGGAUCAUAG